AUGUUCUUCAAGCUGCUGCUCGCCUCCUGCCUGGCGCUGGCUCUGGCCAAGCCACAGCAUCCGCCAGCUGCCCAAUAUCCCGCCGGUGUGAAUCCACAGGACUGCCCCGGUUUUCCCAUCUGUGAUAAUGCGCGCCUGCACAAUCCACAAUCGCAGUGGCAGCAGCCGCAGCCCCAGUGGCAGCAACCGCAGCCCCAGUGGCAGCCACAGCCGCAACAGCACUGGCAGCAGCCGCAGCCGCAGUGGCAGCAACCACAGCCGCAGUGGCAGCCACAGCCCAGCUGGAACGCGGCACCAGCCCCUGCCGCAGGCGGUGAUAAAUAUCCGGCUGGCAUCAAUCCACAGACCUGCCCCAACUAUCCCUAUUGCGAUGUGAAUGCCGGACAUGCGGCUGCACCCGUCGCCGCACCACCAUUGCCCGGCUGGACGGAGCGUCUGUAUCCCGCCGGUGUCUCGCCGCAUCAGUGCCCCAACUUCCCCUUCUGCAACUAAGCAGCCACACACACACACAUACACACAGCGCCUGCCCACACUGUCCACACUCUACGCGAUCUGUCCACACGCUCAUCACACGCAUUUU